CUUCUCUUCCCAGAAUUCAUUCUACCAAACUUCAACUCUUUUUCCCCAGUGCAGCUCCCUAGUUAUAGUAAUUUAUUCUUUCUCAGAUACAUUAUAUAUACAUUUAUGCUAUCAAAACCUCCUUUACGUAUACUAAAUAUGGCCCUUGCCUAUUUUCUGAGUAUGAUUUUAACCAUGGCAAUGAUAAUGAGUGGCUAUGGGUUCGGAGCAGCAGAUGGGCUGAGCAUGAACUACUACCUGAUGACAUGCCCAUUUGCUGAAUCUGUGAUAAAGGAUAUAGUCAACAGAGCAUUGCAAGAUGAUCCAACUCUAGCAGCUGGCCUUGUGAGAAUGCACUUCCAUGACUGUUUCAUCGAGGGGUGUGAUGCAUCCAUUCUUCUCGAUUCAACAAAAGAUAACACUGCAGAAAAGGACUCGCCUGCAAACCUGAGCUUGAGGGGCUAUGAAAUUGUUGAUGAAGCUAAAGAAGAGUUAGAAGGACAAUGUCCAGGCGUCGUCUCCUGCGCUGACAUUCUAGCAAUGGCGGCUAGAGAUGCUGUUUUCUUUUCUGGAGGGCCAGUGUAUGAUAUACCAAAUGGAAGAAAAGAUGGAAAAAGAUCUAAAAUAGAAGACACUAUCAAUCUGCCAUCGCCCUCCCUUAAUGCCUCUGAACUCAUAAGAUUAUUUGGGAAGCAUGGAUUCACUGCCCAGGAGAUGGUGGCUCUAUCUGGAGCACAUACACUAGGAGUGGCAAGGUGUUCAUCUUUCAAAAACAGAUUGAACAAUGUGGAUCCAAACUUAGACACAAACUUCGCAAAGACAUUGAGAAAAACAUGCAGUGCAGGAGACAACGCAGAGCAGCCCUUGGAUCCAACAAAGAACAACUUCGACAAUCUCUACUAUAACGCAUUGCAGAGAAAAUCAGGGGUUCUCUUCUCCGACCAAACUCUGUUUUCAACUCCAAAAACUAAAGGAAUGGUCAAUGGCUACGCUUUGAACCAGGCCAUGUUCUUCUUGGACUUCCAGCAGGCUAUGGUGAAGAUGGGCUUGCUUGAUGUUAAAGAUGGAAACAAUGGAGAAGUAAGAGGCAAUUGUCGUAAAAUUAAUUAAAUUGAUUUUGCUGCGUGGAGUGCUUUUGGUUUGAUUAAUAAUGUAUAGUAUCAAUUGAAUAAAGUAAGUAAAAGAGAUAGGAAUAGUUCAAAAAAGGGAGACAAAAGAGAGGAGGAUUCAUGUAACACAAAUUGUUAAUGCGCCGGAUUUGUAAGAUGGUGAAUAAUUUAAUGUAUUAUCUUUGAUUCCACUAAAGGAGUUUAAUUAAGUUCCUUUUUGAAUA